AUGUCCCGUUCGCUGGACAAAGAAACCGCAGCACAACUGAAAGCCCAAGAUCCCAAGCCGGUAUACCACGAUAUCUCGUCGGUUCUCAGUAACCUGCCGGGCUCUCAAUUGUUGGAGAUCGAGUUACUUGGGAAGAGUCUUCCUCUUGAGCCAGGAGUCAACUUCCUUCAAGAUGGCGCCGCGGUGGCUAUCCCCAAGCUGAGGCUUGUACAGGCGUUCCUCGUUGCGCGCCGGAUCUUGCAGAAACACCUCGAAAGCAGUCCGAAAUCGAUCAGCAGUGACGUCCUGGCUGCGACCGCCGUCCUCCUUCUUAUGGAUCCAGAACAUCUCACGGCUGCCAACGUCAGGAAACGUGCAGUCAUUAUGAUAAUGGAGGACGGGGACCAGGUUGAGCUUGUUUUGAAAAAGGACAAGCAAUUUGUGGACUCGCUGCUCACAGCCAGGCUACAUCGUCACACCAAGUCUCCCAACCUGUGGUCACAUCGACGUUGGUUACUCAACAUCUGCAAGGCUCAUGGCGUUGUCCUUGACGUCCGACACGAUAUCACCCAAGUCGUCAUGGUAGCUGGCGAUAGGCAUCCUCGCAAUUACGUCGCUUGGAACCACGCUCGAUUCCUCUUGGAUAUGGACUCUCGUCUCGCUGCGUCUAUUGCUGCCGACAUCAAAGAAUUCUGCCUGAGACACCAUACUGACACAUCCGGAUGGAACUUCCUGUUAUGUGCCAUCGGGAGGAUCGACGAUGAGCACACUCGUCUGAGGACGUGCUCAACGCUCGUAGCAGACAUUCUUGAGGUGGUCGAGUCAUUCCGCUGGGCGAAUGAGUCGGUCUGGGUAUUCUUACGUACGAUCAUGGCAGCGGAAGGGGUCAGGGGGCAACAGUUUGAAUCAUUCAUCGCCAUAAACCACAAAAUCUCUUCUCUUAUGUCAGAAGACAACCCCCAUCAGAGACUACUGGGAAGGGCGCAGCGGUGGUGCGAUAAGUAUCGCGUUGCAGGAUGUCUCGGUCCAGAAGGCCAACGGCAACUUGAAUCCCCACAGGCUUGA